AUGGCGCUAUUAAAAAUUUUGCUUGUUGCAUCUGUACUGGGAAUAGCGGUAUGGAUUGGAGUCAACUUAAUGUUCCCGGGUUCGCCUCCAGAAUUGGAUCCCAAUGAAUGGUGGGGAGAGAAAGAUUUACGAGGAAAGCAAGACACUAGCAUUAGACCGUUUAAAAUUAAAUUUACAGAUGAGAUGAUAAAGGAUCUCAAAUCCCGGCUGUCGAACCACCGUAAGCCGGCCCCCGGUCUGGAGGGCGCGGCGUUCACUUACGGGUUCAACAGUGGCCGGUUGUCGUGGUGGACUCAGUACUGGUCGGAGAAGUACCCCUUCAGUGACCGGGAGCAGUUCCUCAACAGUGUGCCGCAGUACGUCACUAACAUACAGGGGCUGGACGUGCACUUCAUCAGGGUCAAGCCUAAGGUUUCCAAAGAAGUCACCGUUGUUCCUCUCCUACUGCUUCACGGCUGGCCUGGCUCUGUGAGAGAGUUCUACGAGGCCAUCCCUCUUCUGACAACACAAACUGAGGGUUACGACUUUGUCUUCGAAGUCAUAGUUCCCAGUUUACCUGGUUAUGGAUUCUCUCAGGGAGCAGUUCGCCCUGGACUUGGGGCAGCCCAAAUUGGGGUGAUCAUGAAGAAUCUCAUGAACAGAUUGGGUCAUAAAAAGUUUUACAUCCAAGGAGGUGACUGGGGAGCGAUUAUUGCUGACACUAUGGCAACUUUGUUCCAAAAUGAAAUAUUGGGCAUGCAUUCUAACAUGUUGAUGGUUGAGAAUACCUGUUCCACUUUGAAAAGACUGAUCGGUGCAUUCAUUCCGUCUUUGAUAGUCGACUCUCAUCUCGCUGACAGAAUGUAUCCUCUCACGAAAUACAUUUCUUAUCUGCUAGAGGAAUUUGGUUAUCUCCAUUUACAAGCAACAAAACCAGACACAAUUGGUGUAGCAUUAUCUGAUUCUCCUGCUGGUCUGGCAGCUUAUAUUCUGGAGAAAUUCUCAUCCUGGACUCGAAUGGAACACCGUUUGAAGGAAGACGGCGGACUAACCUUCCGCUUCACAGCCAAUCAGUUGAUUGAUAACCUCAUGAUGUACUGGACUUCAAAUUCUAUUACCACAUCUAUGAGACUGUAUGCUGAAAAUAUGAGCAACAAAAACCGAGCCCUUGAUAUUGGAAGAUACUCUUCAUCAGUCCCAGCUUGGGCGCUUCAAGCUAAAAACGAGCUGUUCUAUCAACCACCACACAUGAUAAAGUCAAAAUACUCCAAUCUCCUUGGAGUAACUGUCUUAGAUGAUGGUGGUCAUUUCAUUGCCUUCGAAAUGCCGAAAGUCUUUGCUGAAGACGUCUUUAAAGCCGUCAAAGCCUUCAGAGAGUUUCAUAAAACGAAGACGGAGUUGUGA